CCGGCGGGCGUCGCCAUGGCCGGGGUGAGCGCGCUGCUGGCGGGCUGCCCCGGGGCCGGCCUGGCCGGAGGGCUGGGGGUGGCCGUCUGCGCCGCCGCCGCCGGCCUCCUCUUCUACAGGAUCGCGCGCAGGAAGAAACCGACGCAUAUGACCGUCAACUGCUGGUUCUGCAACCAGGACACGGUGGUGCCCUAUGGCAACCGCAACUGCUGGGACUGUCCCAACUGCGAGCAGUACAAUGGCUUCCAGGAGAACGGUGACUACAAUAAGCCCAUCCCAGCCCAGUACAUGGAGCACCUGAACCAUGUAGUCAGCAGCAGCAGCGGCCCCAGCUUCAGUGACCCCUCCCGGCCCCAGCAGUGGGUCAGCAGCCAGGUCCUCCUGUGUAGAAAGUGCAACAACCACCAGACCACCAAGAUCAAGCAGCUGGCGUCCUUCUCCCCCCGAGUGGAGGGCAAAUACGACGAGGAGAUUGAGGUGUACAAACACCACCUGGAGCAGAUGUACAAGCUGUGCCGGCCCUGCCAGGCAGCAGUGGAAUACUACAUCAAGCACCAGAACCGGCAGCUGCGAGCACUGCUGCUCAGCCACCAGUUCAAGCGCCGUGAGACGGAUAAGACCUACAUGCAGAGCUUCUGUUCAUCUCCAGUGACCACACCUGCCCAGGUUAUCCUCCUGCGCUUCCUCGCCUUCCUGAGCUGUGCCUUCCUGCUGGCUAUGGCCCUGCUGGGCUCGAGUGACCCGCUUGCCCCCGCCACUCCCCCUCCGCCCACCCUGCCCACUGGGGGCAACGACUCGUCCGCCGAGGCCUCGGCCCGUGGCCACACCACCACCCCGGAGGCUGGGGGCUGGCAACGGCUACUGCACCUCCUGCCUGAACCCUCAGUGGUGAAGAUGCGUGAGGCCUGGGGUUUUGGCCAGAGUCACCAGGUGGGCGUGGUGGCGCUGGGCUUGCUGACCUGCCUGCUGGCCAUGCUGCUAGCCGGACGGAUCAGGCUCCGGAGAAUCGAUGCCUUCGCCUCAUUCCUGUGGUUCCUGGUAUUGGGGCUGCACCUGGUGGAGCGAUACCUGCAGAUGGAUGCCCCCAGCUGGCUGGACACCUUCAAGCUCAGUGCCACGUCCCUGUGCUGCCUGGUCUCCCUCACCGCGGCCGUGGCCACUCGGAAAGCAACAGGCCAGCGGAGGUACCGGCCCCGAAGGUACCUCUCCGGCGACUCUACGGUGCUCUUCCCUAGCGGCAAUGGGCUCGGCUGCCCCGUCCCAUCACCUUCUCUCUUCGUCCCGGCUCCUCCCAGCUUCCUCCAGCUGUCCAGCCAGCAGUUCUUCCGAUCCCCACGCCGAGCAUCCUCGUCCUCGCUCCCGGGACGCCUCAACCGGGCCCUCUCGCUGGGCACCAUCCCCUCCCUGACCCGCACAGACUCCGGGUAUCUGUUCAGCGGGAGCCGCCCUCCCUCCCAGGCAUCUCAGACCAGAGAGGCCCCUGGGUCAGAUUACUUCUCUCUGUUGUCGGGGAGCUGUGCGCCCUCUCCGCUACCGUCCCCGGCCCCCUCCGUGGCCGGCUCCGUGGCUUCCAGCUCUGGCUCCCUGCGCUUUCGCCGGCCCCUCAUCAGCCCCGCCCGCCUCAACCUGAAGGGACAGAAGCUGCUGCUGUUCCCGUCCCCGGGGGAGGCUCCCCUCACUCCAAGCAGCUCAGACGAACCUGCCCAUCCUGACGGCAGCAUGUUCACCGUGGAGCUGGCCCGGAGCCCCACCAAAGGCCGGCCAGAGCGGGGUCUCCUCCCAGACAUGAGGUCUUUCACGGAGGGAGGCAGCAUCUGCAGCGACCACUCGGGCAAGAAAGAGGACAACUCAUCACACUCAUCUGCCUGUGUGGUGGACACCACUACCAAAGGGUGCCCAGAGGAGGCGGGCAGCUGGAGAGGUCGCCUCGGCAACUCUCUCCUCAGAGGUCUCCUGGCCGUCAGCUUGGCCGCCAACGCUCUCUUCACUUCGGCUUACCUGUACCAGAGUCUGCGCUAACUCAGCCCUUCAUCCCGCAGCCGUUCCUCCCCCCACCACACCCCACCCCCAGGGACCCUCAAGCCAGAGGAGCCAGGCUGUCUGGGCUUCACGGCUCCGAGCCAGGGUCCGAGCUGCUGCUGCUUUCACCGUUGCUCUUGGUUCCUGCUGAGGGCAGAGUGGGGUGGGGAGGGCCCUCAGCGUGGAGGCAGGAUCUUGGGGGGAAUCUCUCUCUGGAGGAGUGGCUCUCUUGCCUCCCGCUGGCCACCUGGGGGCUUCUGACCUGACUUCCUGAGCAGGGGGACAUUGGGGGAAAUGGAUCAGCCGUUGAGGCUGGAGGGGGAGCAAGUCAGUUUGCGCCAGCUCCAGUGACCUGGUAUGGGGGUGUGAGCCCCGGACACUACGUUGCCCUGCCUGCGAGUUCCCGAACAGUCUUUCUUUCUUGUGGAUCGGGGCUACAGUCCUCCGACUCCCUCACACCGGGAUUCCCCAGACAUCUGGAGACUCUGCCACUCAUCUGGAUGAACCUCAGCCUUUCUUGCCCACUAGGAGGCCCCUCCAGUGCCCAGUGGGGGUGGAAAAGUGCCCACCUUUCCUUGGGCUCGUGACUGCUGUGACCCUGCUGGUGGACCAGCUUGGGGCUCAGGGGGCAGAUGAUGACCUGCCUCCUCUGCAUGUGACCCCCCUGUUGGCCCAUCACUGCCAGGGCAUUGGGUCUGUAGGGUGGGGGAGUGGGGUGGGACAUUGCCGGGAGCAGGGGUCUGGGAAUGACAGUUCUUCUGUGAGGUCAGCACCUGUUACAGGAGGUGCCAGGCCAGAGAGUGCACUGAAUGCCCAUUAUUUCCCUUCUUUUUCCCUCACUGCCCUGUCUGCCCUGUGUGGGUAGAUGCGCACACACACUGCCACUGCCCCCCAUGCUGGGCCUUGCUAGUUGCCCAGUAUUCAAAGCCCAUUGAUAUGGGACAACACUUGGAUUGCAUGCGCGAACUCACACACACUCUCCCCCCUCAACCAAGACUUUGAUAAAGGGCCCUUUCUCCCUUUCCCCUUACCCACAUACUCUGCCCCUCACCCCUCCAUGCCAGCGAGGAGCUCUUAUGAGCCCACUGCUCUCCCAUUGAUCUUAUGCUCUGCUGGGCCUGAACUAAACAUGGUGCUGCUUCCAAGGCCCCUUCCCAUCUCCCCUCCCCUGACCUCCCAGCUGGCCGUCUUUGCCUAGUACCUUCUCUACUCCUUUUCCGCCUCCACCCGGCCAGGGGUGAGAGUGAUCCACCCCCUUUCUCUCCCCACUCUUCUCCCAGCAUGAGAGGUAGGAGGGUUGGGGCUGUGCCCAAGACUUGUUUUCACAGACGGUAAGAGCCCUUAAAAUCCAUGCUCGGCCAGGGCAUGAGGCAGGGACUGAUUGAUGCUGAACUGUCUUUGUGUCUGGGUUUGCCUGUGUGUCCGUGGCCAGAGCAAGGUUGACUUUUUGCCUCAUUUCCUGGAGUUGGGUUUGGAGGAGACCAAGCCCCCGCCUUAAAUUAUGGAUGGGUUUAGGGGAACAGUGGGAGAUGGAGACUGGUCUUCAUACACUUGUUCAGGAAUGGGACUUUAUUUUUGUGAAGGUUUCUACUCUGUAAGUCAUUAGAGAGCUGUAUGAUGAGGUGUCCCUUCCAUUCAGUGAGACGGCAGGGUUCAGGUGGGGGCUGUUUUUAAUUUUGUAUGUGUGUCUUGGGGGAAAGGGGGUUGGAAGAUGAGAGAUCCCUCAGCUAUAUGAGUGCGCCUCCUCCCCAAACCAUACUUCAGGGUUAUAUGUCCUGUCCCCAAUUCCCUGUUCCCUUGAGGCUUUCUACUGUGCACUGUGACGUCGCUGGGGGAGCUGGGGGGGUGGUGCAUGUGGCUUCAAGGAGAAGUCACCACAUUCCAAAACCAUUUCCUGUUUCUGGACAUUUGCCCUAGACUAAAGGCUACAGUUGAAGUUGGGAUCGCCGUGUCUUAAGUCCACUAUAAAGAACUUUUUUGGGCUGAAGAUGGCUCCUCACUAGAGACCCUCCUCUUCCCCGAGACAGAAAGCAGAGCCUGCAGCUGGCCAGUGGAGGUACCCUCCCCUCCCCCUUGCCCAUUCCACCUCUUCGCUUACUCCCCCCCAAACACAGGGCUUGACUCUGAUACAGUGACCCACUCCCAGCUCUUCUGGACUUGGCCUCUCAAUGCCCUGAGCUUUCGGGAGAGGCUGGGAGCUGUGGGCCCACCCCAUUGAAUCUCUUGGGCCAGGGUGCCCUCUCUGGUGCAAGUGCUAAACGGUGUCUCUUCGAUGGGCACUCGGUGGGUAUCACCGAUGGCCCCGCGGUUUUUAGUUUGUUCCGUGUUUCGAGCAAAAAUGACUUAUUUUUCUUUAAAAAAACAAAGAAAACUAAAAAAAAAGAAAAAAACCUUUUGAAACAAA